GCGGCGUCUACGGCAGCAUGAUGGGGACCCCUAUUAUUAACCCUCCACAAUCUGCUAUCCUAGGCAUGCACGGCGUAACGGAGAGGCCAGUUGUGCGCAACGGUCAGAUUGUUAUUCGCCCCAUCAUGUCAGUAACCCCAACCCAUACCUGCAGCAGCAGCAGCAAGAGUAGCAGCAAGAAGAGUAGCAGCAAGAGCAGCACCAGCAGCAAGAGUAGCAGCAAAAGCAGCUGCAGCAAGGGCAGCAGCAGGACUAGCGGGAGUAGCAGCAUCAUGACUAGCAGCAGCACCACCACCAUCAGCACCAACAGCAGCGCCAGAAGCAGCAGCAGCAGCAGCAGCAGCAGCGCCAGAAGCAGCAGCAGCAGCAGCAGCAGCAGCAGCAGGAAAAUAGUAUGA